UAUGGCCAGUGGCCACCAAUGUAAACACUCCAUAGACAAAUCGCUUCGUUGUCAGCCAGACCGCUGUCAUAGCAACUGAUUUUAAAUAUAAACAAAACAAAACCGGGGCUUCAUAAAAAUAUGUCGGGGUUGAGUGGAUUCGAUAGCGAAGCUGUUGGUUUCGAGAGUAUCGCUUCAGAAAAACGCACUGGUACUACCAGUGGCACCCAAACUAAAUUCGAAGAAUCUGGAGUUGGUUGCCAAACGAAUUUGUCCUGCAAUAAAGGCUGCACUGCCAGUGCCGAGGAUUUUACCGAUGAUGAACUUAAAGAAUAUCCUCCUCCGGGCCUCAAUGAGUUUCUGCGAAGAGUUGUCCCGACAAUGAUGGAUCAGCUGAACCAAAGCGAUAAGUUAUACAACUCCUCCGAUUCUGAAGAUGAAGAGCUUCUAACUGCGAAGCUAUUUCAGGAAAUUAAAGUGCAGGACGGUUCUGGGGACCACCAGUCUGCGAUCCUGAGCGUCACCUGGAGUAGUGCUGGUAACUCUUUAGCGGUAUCCAUCGGUCAAUUGAACCAUGAGACUUGGUGCCAAAGUUCAGGGCUUAUAAAGGUGUUUACACUGAAGCGAGCUGGCGGGGAAAGAUUCGUCCAUUCUCUGGAUAUCUCUGAGAACAACUGUGUAACUUGUUUGAAGUACCAUCCAUCAGUCGCAGCAUUGCUGGCGUAUGGGUCAACUUCUGGUGAAGUGGUUUUAUGUAAUUUGAUGAACGGGAAUAUGGAAGAAGGGACUCAGUUGGCCUCUCCUGCUGGGUGCCACGGAUCGAGGAGAGUGACUUCCUUGAAAUGGGCCGACGCGCCCUUGGCGAAUACGUUUUUGGUUAUGCAGAUUACGAAUAAGGGAAAACGACGCGGUGCGGCCGACCAGGUUCUCUUCUCGGCCGGCUGCGAUGGCACUCUGAACGCCUGGCAAGUAAACGCCAGCUCCAAGGUGUUCGAGAACAUAAUCUGCUACAACAUCAACGCCUCAAGGAAGACAUCACCCCCAAACAUCACCUGCUUCGACUUCAUCAAGUCCUUCCCGCUCAGACCCAGCGACGACAAGCGCCCAGAUGACAUAUUCGUUGUUGGAACUGAUUCUGGGAAGAUAUUUCUCUGUAGGAUCAAAAGUGGGGUGUCCGAGGACCCGGUGUUUGAUGUUCUGGACGGGCACAACACUUUUGUUCUCGAUGUAGAGUUCAGUUACCAGAAAGCUGGCGUGUUUGUUUCGGUGUCUAUUGACUCGGAGCUGAGGGUUUAUGAUGUCAAUCAGAGAGCGCCGGUAAUGGUACUGAGCCUGGAGAAAAUAUCGUGCAUGUCGUGGUUACCUACGGUGCCCUGCGUGGUGCUGGGGCUCGCACAACACGAGCGGCAGCUCAUCCAAGUGUACAACAUGUCGAGCGGCAAGCCUGUACGUGUGGACGGACUGCUCGGCAACGCUUGCAUCACCUGUCUCGCUGUCAGUCAGAUGGGUUCCAGUUCAUGUCGUAUUGCGGCGGGUGACCGCGAGGGACGCCUGCGAGUGUGGGAGUUACCGACGCGGCGGUUCCGAAUGUCCGCUGAGGAUUUAGACUUUUAGUUGUCGCCUAAAAGAGUAUUAUUAUGUUUUAUUGUGUUCGAAUAUAGUCUUUACGUCAUUA